AUGCUGGAGAACGGUCGUCGGGUCGAGCCUGUUGACGGUCAGCAUCGGAUCGAGGCACUCAAGGAAUACGUGUCCAAAACCGGCGCUGGGAAGGAGGAGCUGUAUUGGCACUGCAACUUGUGCGAUCGCGAUACCCUUCCGCCAGAACUGAGCCUCGCGCUGCGGAUGAACCCUCGGAACCCGAUGAUGGCGGACAGCCACGGCGACAUCUGGGUUCAACUCGUCGCCGCGGCGUCCAAGAACCCCGACAUCUUCCACGGCAAUACCGCCGACAUGGAGGAACAGAUGCUCCGUGCUCUCCAUAUCAGCGGCGAGUUCGGCUUCCCGCUGCGCCGGCUCGUCACCAUCUGGCGCAACGAGCGCUGGCGGCAGAUGACUACACGGUGGUGCGAAACGACGGUCGGCCGCGCGACCUUCCAAAUCUCGACGUGGGACUGGAUGAUUUGCCACCGGACCGACGAUUUCUGGUUCAUGGCAUUUCGGCAGGUCUUGGGCACGCUCGCGCAGCUCCCCGGAGACGCCGCGAGACUCGUUUCGUCCGAGGACUGGAAGACGAUGAGUGCCUCUCUCGACGCCGAGCGGACCCGGGACGAGGUGCAGGGUCUUUUCUACCCGGGGGACCACUCGGAAGCCGAUCAGUGUCGCGAGCGAACGCAACCCCAAGCUGCUGCGAGCCUUUGGCGACCGCGCGUACUGGGACGUCUACGAGAGGAUCCUAAGCACGUCGGUGCUCGGUUCCCGGACAUUCAUCACAUCACGGGCAUGUCACAAGGGCAGGGCCGCGUCCUAUUCCAAGUCAUGGACCACGUCGUGAACUGGCUGAACCCCAAGAGAACGAUUAUCGUCGACCGUCGGAGGAAUACGAAGCCGCUACUUCGCGUGGACCUCGAGCCGGUACUGGACUACUACACCCUGACGCGGCUGCGACAAGCCGAGAAGCGGGUCAAGAUAUUCCAUGCAUCUGCCGCGCCACAAUUGCCACGCGAGAGCGCGUCCGUGUUGCUCCAGCAGGAGGUGCUCGAGCACGUGUUGGGGCAUCUGGCGGCCUUUAAUGCGCCCAAGAUGAGGCACUAUCUGAAAGACGGAGACCCGGUCGACGAUAGCUAUGCGGCUCGCUUUCGCGAGAACACUUGGGCUGAUGUGCUCAAGAUCGUCCGCUGGUACGUGGGCAGCGACUUUCGGCCGAUGUGGCUCCCGGUGGAGGGCGGCAACGACAAACCGCCAGAAGCGGAGCCAUCCACGCAAGCGGCGAGUCUGACAGACGCGUUGUGUAACUACGACGCUGGCCUAUCCGCGGUGCGCGAGAAGCUGCACGGCAAGCCGCAGUCGUCAGUGUUUUGA